AUCAUCGUACGAGAUACUGCGGGGUCUGUCUCACGAGAUACUGGGGGUUUUGUCUCACAAAUACAAUUCAUUUUGUCUCACGAGAUACUGCGAGUUUAUCGUCGUACGAAUGUACUCCAAUACUCGCCUAUUCUGUUCUCACCCGCAUUCGCCCCACCUCGUAUUGCGUCCCUCCCAACACCGGUAUGUGAGAUCACGAUCAGGGCUUGCAUAUUCCAACACGCGGUCCUCGGGAUUCACAAGGACUCCAUGCAUAUAAAAAUUGAACCCCAAAGGACACCACCGGUUACGAUGUCGUCCUUACCACCAAUACCCCAGGUGCCAGAUCCAUUCGCGCCUCUUUUUAUUACCGAUGUGUUCACGUACAAGACAGUUGAGGGCACACCGCUUCAGACUGAUGUCCAUGUUCCCAAGGACAUCAAACCGGGGGAAGACUUACCCGUCCUUCUGCUUAUGCAUGGGGGGAGUCUGAUUGCCGGUCACCGAAGGAUGUGGCCGUUGCUCUGUGGACCUUGGCUGGCUACCUUCACCGCCAUGCACAAAGCGAUCGUGGUCGUACCCGACUACCGAUUGGCGCCAGAGACGAAGACGCCAGAGAUUCUAGCAGACCUUGUAUCUUUCUGGGAAUGGGUUCACGGAGCUUUCCCUUCACUGCUCCAGGAGAAACGCAGUGUUACUCCUGACCUGUCCAAACUAGCCAUUUACGGUGAGAGUGCAGGAGGGUGGUGCGCGCUGCACUUGUCGUUACUCUAUCCACAGGAUAUCCGAGCCUCUGCUCUGCCAUGGCCCUUGGUUGACACUGAGAGUGAGUGGUUCAGCGUCGGUAGUGGCAACAGUAUGGUAAUGGGAAUGCCGCCUUUUCCCAAAGAUCAGACAGAGAAUCACUUGGCGAGCAUGAAUAUGGAUGCUGUGACAACCCAAGGAGGACCAGACCGUCUUCCCAUCGCAAUAGGUGGUAUGCAGCAUGGAUUUGCACACACCAUCUGGGGGAAGAGCGAGGAGACGUUUGUGCUUCGAGCAUUGGAGAGAGGAGGCGCCAAGUUGCCGGAAUUCGUGUGGAUAGCGCAUGGAAAAGAUGAUACAGCAGUUCCGCUUGAGGGAAGCGAAAAGCUAGUCCGCUUGAUCAAAACGAAUAGUGCAAACACAUCUGUACGGUUUGAUGUCAAGCCUGGAGACCACGGCUUUGCUAAUCAUGUGCCAUUUGAGGAGGAGUGGCUUCAAGAAGCCCUAAAGGAGAUCGCUGCCGUUUGGCUGGCUUGA